GUUUGGGAAGGUGGCUGCCACAAGAGCCAUUACCAAUCAAAAUUACAAUGCCGGGGAGUGGUGGGCAACAUAUGGACUACAAACUCCUACCUUGAUGCACGUGGCUUUGAGGAUACUCAACUUGACCACAAGUUCAUCCGGAUGUGAAAGAAAUUGGAGCAUUUUUGAACAAGUAGAUGAAAAGAGGAGAAAUAAACUAGAUGUGCGUCGUAGGGACGAUCUAGUUUAUAUUCAAUUCAAUGGAAGAAUGCUAGACAAGCGAAAGAAGUACUCAUCAUCUUCUGAUGUCCUCCUUGGUGAAGAUGCUUCCACAGCCCAAGAUUGGAUAUGUGAAGAUGCUUACAUUGAUGAUGAGAUGGGGGAAACCGAAGAUGACAAUGCAAUGGAGCCCCGUAGAAGUCAAAGGGUGAGAGAACUACAUGAAGUGGAAGAGUUCGUUUCCGAUGAUGAAGAUGACAUUGUGCCUAUCAAUGAGGAUGAUAUAGAGUUCGAGUCUGAUGAUGAUGUGGUUGGGAAUGGGAUAGAAGAAACUAGUGACAAUGGUGAGGAAGACCGUAUGGAACCUUGAAUCCUAUGCCAAUGAAAAUGUCUUAUGCUUGCUAGCAGCCUAGUACUUUAUUUUGGACUUUUGGUUGUGAGUUGUGAGAAUCAGAGAGCAAAGGAAGGACUAUGUGCUGAUUGGCGUUUGGCUGUGUGCUACUGCUAGCAAAAGCAAAGUAGCAAGAAACUAUGUUAUUUAUGUUUUCUGAUGACCUUGUUAAACUUGUUUGAACUUCGAACUAUUCUGGACAUUCUUCUGUAUUUGCUUGCAAAGCAGCAAGACUAUUAUAUGCACUGCUGUACUGUACUGUUUUCAA